AUGGGUGAUAUUGGUUUAAAUACACGAUAUCUAAGCAGCAACCGUGGUCUCAUUAAAAUCAUUCAAAUUAUUCUCGGUUUUGUGGUUUGCUCGCUCCUUUGUGCAUCUUGGCAUGGUGGUAGAUCUUGUUUUGGUGAAGGACGACUUGGAUUUUGUUCAGGACUUAACUUUGUGGUCCUCAUCAUCAACAUUAUACUUUUCAUUAUGAAUUUGCUCAACAUUUCUGCUUGGAAAAUCGAAAGAAUAUAUUCGGUAGUGUGUACGGUGCUUUUCUUGAUUGCAUCGGUCCUCAUCAUUUGGUUUGUAAUUGAAAUGAAUUCUAGCCGAACAUCUCUCAUCAUCACUGCUGUUCGUUAUUUUAUGCAUUUUGAUAAAUAUUAA